ACGAACUGGGUAUAAUAUUAACUAAUUUGGGACAGUUGGAUGUGAUAAGCUUUCUUGAUAUUUGGGCCGAGAUUGUCGCAGCGUUCUCCAUUAUUUGUGAUAGGAUUUAAGCCCUAUAAAGAAGGGUAAGCUAUGGAGGACAAAAACCAGAUCCAGUUCAUAAACUAAGACGAGCCAGUACAGUUGAACAGCCAUUAACGAGCAGAGCUGUUGACAGAGAAGAGAAGCCCAACCAGGCUGAAAGGAAAAAUCUUUUUGAUGAUGAUUGCAGACACAGUUUUCCUUUGGGAAACUUAAUUCCUUUGGUUUUUAAUUGACUCUCACAUCUUCGGAUUAAGUAGAGGGGAUCUCCAUCAGCUGUGACUGGAGUAAAUGGAGGAAUUGAAGCGCUGCCCUGCAAAUUAUCCACCCUUUACUCCGAUUGGCUUCAUUGAGAGGGCCGCCACUGUUUACAGCGACUGCACUUCUCUUGUCUACAAUAGCACUCGCUUCACAUGGUCUGAGACCUUUAAACGCUGCCGCAAGUUGGCCUCUGCUCUAGCUUUGCGCAAUAUUUCUCGCGGGGAUGUGGUAUCUGUUGUAGCCCCAAAUGUUCCUGCCAUGUACGAGAUGCAUUUUGCGGUUCCGAUGGCCGGGGCGGUCCUCAACAAUAUGAAUAUCCGCCUGGAUGCUCGCACAAUGGCGGCACAGAUAAGCCACUGUGAACCAAAGAUUAUAUUUGCGGAUUGCCAAUUUCUGAGUUUGGUGAACGAAACCCUAAGUUUUUUGAGGCAUAAACCGGUUCUGGUAGUGAUCGAGGAGAUGGAAAACGGUAGAGAAAUUGUUAGCGGCGCGGCCCUAACUUACGAAGGGCUGCUCGGAGAAGGGAAACCGGAAUUCGAGAUCCGAUGGCCGGAAGACGAGUGGCAAGCGGCCGUUCUGAAUUACACAUCGGGCACAACAUCCGCUCCAAAGGGGGUUGUGCAGUCGCACAGGGGACUCUAUGCCAUGGCCCUCGAUAAUCUGACCAUGUGGCCGAUGGGACGGCGGCCGGUGUACCUGUGGACGCUGACAAUGUUUCACGCCAACGGGUGGAGUUUGCCCUGGACUUUGGCCGCCGUGGGAGGGACGAAUAUUUGCCUGAGGAAAUUCGACGCCAAAAUAAUCUUCGACUCAAUUGUAGAGCACAAGGUUACACAUAUGUGCGGUGCACCGGUGGUGCUGAGCAUGAUGGCGAACGCAGAGCCCUCGGAACGGAAACCUGCGGCUCAAAGGGUUGAGAUCCUCACUGCUGGCGCCCCUCCGCCUGCUGCAAUCUUGUGGAAAAUGGAAGAGCUCGGCUUCUCCAUUACACACGGCUAUGGCCUCACAGAAACCGCGGGUCUGGUGGUUUCCUGUGCUUGGAAAACAGAAUGGGACGGGCUUCCUGGCAAGGAAAAAGCUCGGCUUAAGUCGAGACAGGGAGUGAGGAAUUUAAGCCUGGCGGAAGUCGAUGUGAAGAAUCCGGUGACCAUGGCCAGUGUGGCCAGAGAUGGUGCCCAGAUGGGGGAAGUCAUGAUGCGAGGAGCGAGCGUUAUGAAGGGCUAUCUCAAGAACGAGGUUAUGACCGCCAGUGCUAUGGAAGGUGGGUGGUUCCGAACCGGUGACGUUGCGGUCGUCCACCCGGAUGGGUAUCUGGAGAUCAAAGACCGGUCCAAGGAUAUAAUUAUUUCUGGCGGGGAGAAUAUCAGUAGCGUGGAGGUUGAAUCUGUUCUGUAUUCGCAUCCUUCUGUUGUUGAGGCGGCUGUUGUCGCCAGGCCUGAUCCGUUUUGGGGGGAGACACCCUGCGCCUUUGUUAGUGUUAAGAAUCAUGGCGGAGAAGGUACUAAGGAAGGUUUGUCCGAGGCAGAGAUUAUCGAAUUCUGCAGAAAGCACCUUGCGCAUUUCAUGGCGCCCAAAUCUGUGAUUUUCAUGCAGGAACUGCCCAAGACUUCGACUGGCAAAAUCCAGAAAUUUGUUCUCAGGGAAAUGGCUAAAAACUUUCCCAAUCCUUCCUCUCAAGCUAGAAGCAGAAUCUGAAGAAAGGAAACUGGCAGACCAAGUGAAGCGAUUAAGCUUCUUUGAUUAAAAGAACUUGCAGGGGUGUUCAAUCUGAUAUCAUGACUCACUCUUAGAUCUCUUAUACCUGAUAUUCUCAACCAACUGUAGAUACACUGCAUUUGUGAACAAGAGUAUCAUUAGUCCUGGUUAUCUCAUGUAUAUUUAACCUGUUCUGUAGAUGCAUUUGCAAGAUCCAUUCCGUUGCACACCAGCGCAGCUGGUUAAUUCCAGGGAAGGAGGGAGUACCCAUUGCCCAUACAUCCCGUUUUACUAUUUCAGUCAUUCUGCAAUAAAUGACCAAGAAAUUAUUCUUGUA